AAUCGGGAAGCAACGGCACAAUUCUCAGUUGUUGAGCUGCCAGUCAGCGCGAACUCAAGUCCAGGAAUCCGAGAACCAAAUCCGGACCAUAUUAUCGGGUCGGAACCAUGCUACGUUGCCUUCCGUGUUUCGACGACCGGAGCUCCGAUGACUCCAAACCCGACCGUGAUCCUGUUCUCCUCGUCAGCGGCAUCGGUGGCUCCAUUAUGCACUCCAAGACGAAGAGGUUCGGGUUCGAGAUCCGAGUUUGGGUCCGGAUACUCUUGGCUGACUUGGAGUUCAAGAAGAAGGUCUGGUCUAUCUAUAAUCCCAAAACAGGUUAUACAGAAACAUUAGAUGAAAACACUGAACUUGUGGUCCCUGAUGAUGAUUAUGGCCUAUAUGCAAUUGAUAUUUUAGAUCCGUCAGCUAUUAUAAAGUGCCUUCAUUUGACAGAGGUUUACCAAUUUCAUGAUAUGAUCGAUAUGCUUGUGGGAUGUGGUUAUAAGAAGGGGACCACAUUGUUUGGAUAUGGUUAUGAUUUCCGACAAAGCAAUAGAAUUGACAAGUCAAUGGAAGAUCUUAAAGUGAAGUUGGAAACUGCUUACAAAGCUUCUGGGGGUAGAAAAGUUAAUAUUAUAUCACAUUCGAUGGGCGGACUGCUAGUGUUGUGUUUUUUGUCCCUCCAUAGCGACGUGUUUACAAAAUAUGUGAACAAGUGGAUUUGCAUUGCUUGUCCAUUUCAAGGUGCACCAGGAUGCAUCAAUGAUUCUCUUUUAACUGGAUUGCAGUUUGUUGAUGGCCUUGAGAGCUAUUUUUUUGUAUCAAGAUGGACAAUGCACCAGCUGUUGGUCGAGUGUCCUUCCAUAUAUGAGAUGUUGGCAAAUCCAGAAUUUAAUUGGAAAAAGCAACCAGAAAUUCAAGUUUGGCGAAAACUUUCAGAGGAUGGUGAAACUUAUGUUGAGUUGGAAUCCUAUGGUCCAACUGAAAGUAUCACUUUAUUUGAGGAAGCAUUGAGGCAUAACGAGCUAGAUUACAAUGGAAAAACGGUAGCGCUGCCCUUUAACUUUGCUAUUCUUAAAUGGGCUGCUGGUACUCGCCAAGUUGUCAACGAUGCUAAACUACCAGAAGGUGUCAGCUUCUAUAACAUCUAUGGGACAUCGUUUGACACACCUUAUGAUGUUUGCUAUGGUUCAAAGGAAUCCCCAAUAGAGGACUUGUCCGAAAUAUGCCAUUCUUUGCCUGAAUAUUCUUAUGUGGAUGGAGAUGGAACAGUUCCUGCUGAAUCAGCAGAGGCAGAUGGAUUUAAAGCAGUUGAAAGAGCCGGAGUUCCUGCAAGUCAUCGGGGACUGUUACGGGACGAAAAAGUUUUCCAACUCAUCCAGAAAUGGUUAGGAGUUGAAAAGAAGAGCAAGAAGCAUUCUAAGACCUCCAAAGUUGCAGAUGCUUUCCUCAAAUAAGCCUGCGAAUGUGUAAAAUUCUUUUCUGCUUGAAAAGAAUAUAUUUAAUCACCAUUCAUGUUUCUGUACAUUAUAUAAUGAUGGAUAGCAUCAUAAACAUUAUCUAAGGGAUUGCGGUUAAAAUAAAUUAUUUUAUUUCCAACAUGAUCUGUAGUUUCUGAGUUGAGUCAAAGAAUGCAUGCUGUGGAAGGUUCUUUUC